AACCUCGGUCACUUCUCAUCUACCCAGUUGACCGAGAUGCUUAGCGUUGUUUCCUUAGCAGUCGCCCGCGCAUCACAGAAGAAACAAGAAAGUGUACCCGUGCCUGGCGCGUGGGUCUUUGUAAAACAUAAUGGAUAGACCGGUAUCUCGCCUGCUACGUACAAAAUUCUUGCUUCUCUGGUUCACAAUUGUUGCGUUGUUGUUCCUAGGACACACGUACUGGAAAAACACACACUGGUAUUACCUGAAAAAGCUAAGACCCGUAACGGAAAAUCACGAUGCUCCAUUCUAUAAGGGAUGUAAAAAUGUUCAUGAAGAAGCCACUCUCCAUCCUCGAAUGAAUGCGACGUUUAUGGUCCUGACAAGAAAUUCCGAACUGGACGGCGUAAUUUCCAGUAUGAAGAAUAUUGAACAACGUUUCAAUCGUCAUUUCAAUUACCCAUACACUUUCUUAAACGACGAACCCUUCACCGAGCAUUUUAAACAGACUGUGUCCAAGUACACAAACAGCAAAGUUGAAUUCGGAGUUAUUGCACCUGAGCUUUGGGAUUAUCCUCCCACUGUCGACCGUGAAUGGGUCAAGGAGGUCAUGGAAGAACAAACGAGCGUGGUUUAUGCUAGCAUGCCAAGCUAUCAUAAAAUGUGUCAUUUCUUUUCUGGCACCUUUUUCCAGCAUCCGCUCAUUCAGAAGUAUGAAUGGUACUGGCGUCUCGAACCCGAUGUAACGUUCUCUUGUGACAUUAGUUACGACCCGUUUUACUACAUGCAGAAGCACAACAAAGUGUAUGGGUUCGUUAUUGCGAUUCGAGAAUUGGCAGAGACAGUUCCAAACCUGUUCCGGUACACAUUGGCCCACAAGAAGAAGUACAAUCUCAACACGACAGACAUGUGGGAGUUCUUCCUCGACAUGUCUUACUCAGACACUGUCGAAAAAUUGAAAGAAGAGCAAAAAGGAAAAUCGGUAUAUGUGUUACCUGAGCCUCCGCUAGAGGAGCUCGAUGGACAGCAGUACAAUAUGUGCCAUUUCUGGAGCAACUUUGAAAUUGCUCGCGUUGACUUUUUCCAAAGCCAAGCUUAUAUGGAUUACAUUAACACACUUGAAGAGGCCGGUGGCUUCUGGGCGGAACGGUGGGGAGAUGCACCCGUUCAUUCGUUGGCAGCAGGUCUGCUUUUAUCCAAGUCUCAAGUGCAUUAUUUCCGUGACCUUGGCUAUCAGCACUCUACUAUUCAGCAUUGUGGACAGGAGUAUGGAUGCAAUUGUGAUUGUCCGUACGAUGUGCCGGAAAUCGAGACGAAGGAUGGAUCCUGCACAAAAGAAUGGGCACGUAUCAUGGGUGGUUUUCUCGAUUGAGUGAGAUAACGCUUUUCCCUAUCCGUGUCUGUGUGCCACUGCUUUGUUAGAAGAGAAAGAAAAGGAAAAUAAUGGUAGGGAAGCACACUCUCGUUUAUGGAAACAGCACACGCGGUCUUAAUGGUAGGGAGUCGCAACAAUAUUUUCGUGGGCUAGCUACGAACCGGGAAUGACAUGUUUCACUUGCAACAGGUGCUUAUUCAGUAAGUAAAAAAAAUUGCAUGAGAUCGUCAGUGUUUGAAUAUAAAUAGAGAUAUGAAUAGGACAUCAAGAGAAGGGACAAAAAAAAAAGAAUGUAGCACUUUUGGGGCUUUCUUCCUUCCAGUAAUAAAAAGUAUUGAUUCUAAG